CCAUGGUUGAGACAGUACUGGGCAUAGACAAGAAUAUCAGUACUGGCUCUUGGGUGGUACUGUGGUAGUACUGUAACAAUUUGUAACACCAGCAGCUGUUGGCUAUGGUUUUGUUGGGCAAACAUGAAUAAACGGGCUACGAUUACGAAUGGUACACCGAUAGUUGAUACUAUAAACCGUAUACGCUUACCGUAAACCCAAAUUGUGUUGUAAAUCGUGUUUCGCGUUCGUGUCGUGAACCGUCCGAACAAAUGACGUUUUGACGUUAUCGUCAUGGAAAGUUCAUUUUUUCACGAAUUACAAAAUAAUAGAAGACACCGGUUCGCGAAAUGUCAUGUCUUCUAAAAUAUUUGAUUUUACAUUAUAGAUAAUUUAUACAGUAGUUACACUGAUUUACAGUCCGUAGACAAAUAAUUUACCUCAAUCGUUCUAGUUUUAUCGUUAGUGCUUGUGGUCCUGCGACUAAAAAUGGCAGACCAUAGUUAUUGUGAUAAUGAGAAUGUAAUAGAAUUCACUGAAAAUUAUGAAUCAAAAUAUGUAAUAUCCAUGUCAGAUGAUCCUGAUUAUCAAGAAGCACCUAAAUCUGGACCUCAAACAAGACUUAAAUCAAAAAUUAAAUUGGAGCAAUCUCAAUCUACUUGGGCUCCAGUUCGCACUGCUCCAGGUUUACGGCCAAAUUGUAUGAUUUUUUAUGAUGGAAAUGGAUUUGCCUACCACAACCAUAAGAUUGCAAAUAAUAAAAAAUAUUUAAAAUGUACACAAAAAAGUAUAAAAAAAAAACCAUGCCCUGCUAGAGCAGUUAUAAGAAAUUACGACAAUAUGAUUCGUCAUUCAGGAGAACCACACACACAUAAUCCAAGAAACUAUGACGAAGAUUUACUAAAAAGGAACUUUUUGAUGAAAAUUAGGGAAAGAGCAAUCAAUGAAAACACACCAAAUAGAAGAAUUUUUGAUGAAGAAAUUAAAAAAACUCCAAAACUAAGGGGCAAAGUAUCCUUUUCAAGUACUGCUAGAAGAAUGCAGAGAUUUCGACAACCACAAAAAAUGCAAGGUCCAUUAUUUCCUAUAGAAGAUGAUGAACUCAUUAAUGCAAUUAAUGACUACAAAAACAUUUCUGAUGAGGAUAUCAAUUGUAGUGAAAAUCUUAAGUCAAAUAGUCCAUCACUUGAUGAAUUUAAUGCAGAAAAUCAUAUGGAAGUAAUAGAGGUUGAUGAUGUUUAUAUGUAUAAUAAUGAAGUUAUUGAUGAAAAUGAGACCUUAAACGAAAAAGAUGAUAAAGAAAAUAUUUCUAAAAAUCUACAAAAGGAAACCGAAAAAACUGUAAAUAUGUUUUGUUGUAUUUAUUGUAAUAAAUGGCAAGAAGCUCAAGUUUUUGAAUUUGUACCUAACCAAAAAUCUAAAACAAUUGAACUAAAGGAAAAAAUAGAGAAAACAAGUGAAGAAUUAUUAUCAUCUACUGAUUAUUCUAGUCCAGUAACUACUUCUAUUACUUCUGAAAAUUUAACUCCAAGUAAUGAUCAAAAUAAUAUUCUUGAUUAUUCUGAAAUUCCCGAGGAUAUAUCUCAAAAGUAUAAUGAUAAUACAGAAUUGUCAAAAAAAGAUCAGAGUAUGAAUAUGUGUUCAUAUACUAGUGUUUCAGAAACUGAUAAAUUAGGAAAAUCAAAAUUAAAUAAAACUUCUAAUCAAGAAAAUAAAAAAAAGGGCAAGCGAAAAGGUUUUUUACAGAUGAGAAUUGAUUCAACAAUAUAUUUUGAUAAUAUGGGUUACAGUUAUCAAAUACAAAAUGAAAAAAAUGAUAAAAAAUACCUUAGAUGUGUUGUUUGGGGAAAGAAGAAAUGUCCUGGACGAGCCCAUUUGAACAAGAAAACUUCCAAUAUUAUUAGAUCUAGAGGCCACAAUCACUUACCAUCAACUAACUCUGAUGCAGAAAAACAAGCUCGGGCAUUUUUACAUGCUAUUAAAGGAAGAGCUCAAGAUGAAAUUACUCCAUUAAGAACUAUAUAUGAAGAAGAAAUAUUAAAAUUUCCUCUUGCAGCCUCUGUUGUAAAUUACUCUAAUGCUACCAGACGAAUGCAACGCACAAGAAGAUUGAAAAAUCAACCGGAUUCAGUAUUAGAAAAAGAACCUCCUUUAUUAUUAUCAGUCCAAGUAAUUCCUGGUACUCGGCGUGGUACAUCUUUAUACAUGGACGAACUAGGCUAUUAUUACCAUAAUGAUUCUUUAACUAAUAAUGGAAAAAUAGUAAGAUGUACCAAAAAUAGGAAAACUUCCACUGAUGAAGCAUGUCAUUCUAGAGGAUUAUUACGUGCUUCUGGAGAGGGAUUUGUCAUUUAUCGCACUAAAGAUCAUAAUCAUCCACCAGGAGAUCUAAAAAGAAAUCCAAUGGAACGAUCAUUCAUUAAUACAUUAUGUGAACGAGCCCGAGAUGACUUACACCUGGGUCUCAAGGAUAUUUAUAAUGAAGAAGUAGAGAGGUUUCUUGAUGUAGCAGAUAAAAUACCUUAUCGAAUGGCAUGGCGAAGUAUGGCUAGAACACGACAACCUCCUAAAUCCUCUGGUGAAGUUAAAGUAGUUCGUGUGUUAGUAGUUUCAGGACUAUGGGAAGGAUAUACCCUUUAUAGAGAUGAAGUAGGAUUUUUAUAUUCAAUGAGGAAAGGAAGAAAAUAUGUAUGGUGUCACAUGAAUACAAAAUUAAAAUGUUUAGUUAAAGGCUCAAUUUCGAAUGAAAAUGAUGUCUCAAUGUUAGAAUAUACUGGGGAACACAAUCAUCCACCACUAGAUGAUGAUGAGUUUCAAGCAGCAAUUUUUAUUGAAAAAAUUAUGCUCAGAUGUUUAGAAAAUGAUAGUAAACCUAAAAAAUUAUAUGAAGAAGAAUUAAUUAAUUACCCUGGUGUUGAAAACCGUGUAUCAUUAGCAUAUGCACGUGAAAAAAUAAAAGCUAGAAGAAAAAGUUUAUUAAAAAAACAAUCAGCACAUGAAAACAUGGAAUAUUCCUGUGAACCAUUACAAUUUGUUGAGUUUUGGGAUGAUAACCACUAUAGUAGUGUUAAAGAUGAAGUGGAUGAUGAAGAUGAUUUUACAGAGGAUAUUAUAUACUCUGAAGAUGAGGAUUUUAAUGAAAAGGAUGAUCCACAUAGUGUUUAUUCUGAUGAACAAGGAUUCAAGUAUUCAGUUGUUAAUGUAAAAAAUAAAACUAGAUUUCUAGAAUGUAUAAAAAAACAGAAUGAAUGCAAGGCUCAAGGUGAAAUGUUCAGAAGUGAAAAUGGUGAUUGGCUAUUUGUUCUUCAUGAUUAUACCCAUAAUCAUUCACCACAUGAAGACUAGUAAAAUGAUGUAUAAAAAUAUGAAUACAAAUUAAUGGAUGAUAUUUAUAUAUUUGUUAACUAGAUUUCUAACAUAUUAU